CACUCUUGGCAGUUGAAAUCAGCUGUCAAAUUCAAAACAUUCUCAACGGCUUUUCGAAGAACACUUUAUUUUCAUAACAAAAGUUACUUUGCCUUUUUGUUUGUGAAUUACAAGAAUUCUUCAAAAAUGUCCCAACAGCAAACGAAGAAUACUAUAACACUCCGUGGCUCGGCUCAGAUUAUUUGUGAAUACUUAAACUUUGCGAUCAAUUCGGUGUUAUUUCAAAGAGGACUGUAUCCACCAGAGACCUUCAAAGCAGAGCAGCAGUACGGAAUAACCUUGCUUAUGUCGGAAGAUCCGCAAAUCAAAAGUUUUCUUACCAAUCUUUUAACACAAAGCGAAGAAUGGAUUAUCAACAAGAAAGUAAGCAAGCUGUCUUUAGUCAUCCUCAAUGUUGCAAACAAAGAAGUCCUAGAAUGUUGGGACUUCAACGUCCAAUAUGAAGAUGGUGAUGUUGCCUUAUCUAAGGAGAAAAACGAACAAGUAGGCAGUAAGGACGUAAAGAAAAUACAGCAAGAAAUUCGGGAUGUUAUGUUGCAAGUUGCAGCAACAAUAUCUUACUUACCAUUUUUAGAUUGUCGUUGCUCAUUUGACGUGCUAGUCCAUGCUAAGACGGACUGUGACGUACCCGAGAAAUGGGCAGAAGCCAAACCUAUACAGAUUACCAAUGCACAGAAUGUACACCUGAAAAGUUUCUCUACAAGUUUGCAUAAAAUGGAAACGGUUGUUAGUUAUAAGCUAGCUGAUUAGAUAUUUAGAAUAAGUUAUAUUUUUAGUCAUUAUGUUAAGUAUAACAUGAUUACAGUGGCAUGUCUCUCAUCUCUUUUGUACUAGACAGUAUUCUGUUAGUGCGAAGGAGACAACUAUCAUUUCCUUCGCACUAGGCAGUGAUCUACAUCUUUAUCCUGCUGUUAUCCUAAUCAUGUUAUGUUUAACAGUGUAUAGGUUUUGUGAUCUGUAUAUUAAGUCACAAUGGAUUUGAUACUGGUUUUGUUUCUAAUAUUAUGCCACAUAGAAUAAUGUCACAGUGAUAUUUCAUUCUUUUUAACAUUUUCAAAAAGGAUAUUGCUUUUUAAUUUUUAAGUUUCAACUGUCAGAAUAAAACAACUCUUCUGGAUUGGAGAGAUAUGAUGGUUUAAAAACGCCAUUGCUAUUUGACAUUGCACAUUUUUACAGCAAAUAUAAUAAAUAAAAAAUAUAUAUAAUAGAUAAACAGCCUAUUAUGUCCCACUGCUGGGCACAGGCCUCUCCUCAAUCAACCAGAGCGGGUAUGGAGCAUACUGACCCUUUAAAACACGGAAUCAUCUUACUUUAUAUGACAAUCAGGCGAUUCAAGCCUAUAAUGUCCUUACCAAACAAAGGACAAUCUCACAAAGUGAUUUCGACAAUGUCCUCAUCGAGAAUCAAACCUGCACCUCCAUAUCAUGAGCCUAACACAGCAAAUGUCAAUUGCAAUAUUAGUUUUUUUGGAUGAAUUGCUUCUAAUGUGGCGUUUUUAGACCCCAAGUAGGUAUGUUCUGUUUUUAAAAGGUAUGAAAUCUAUGUCUUCAAAAUCGUCUUCACAAGUUUAUAAUAGACUUUCUUAUAGUUAGUUAUCUGUCAAUUCUAAUCUUGUGAAAAUCUUGUGCUAAAACCAUCUAGAAGAAAAUUCGAAACAUCUAGAAGAUUCAGGAAUCUGGUGGGCUAAAAAGGCCACAUUGAAGCAUUUCAUCUAAAAAAGCAAUAUUGCAAUUUGACUAUUGUGCAUAUAAAAAUAAGUGCGCAAUGCAAUCAAAUGUCUUAGCAAUAUUGCUUUUUUACAUGAAAGAAAUAAAAGAAUGCUAUUUGUAAACCUUAUUAAAAUCACGGCUCAGUCUUUGUAAUAAUAUUUAACUUCGAUUAUAAGUGUUAAUUAUGUAUUUUUGCAUGUUAUACAAUCACAGUAUUGUAAAUAUAAGGUAGCUAAGUGAUUUUACUGCGAAUUAUAAACCCCGACGUGGGGUGUUCAGCGUUUUUAACUUUGAAUCUUUUCAUUAAAAGAUUUCGUCUAUA